GAACAUGUCACAUGUGUGGAUGAAACCUCUGUUGGUGAUCUGAAAAUGAUGUUUGAUUUCUGUUCACCUUUGUGGUUGCUAUUUAAAGAACAAUUCCCAGUUCCAGUGAUAUUUGCUUGAAGGAUCCUGGUGUGUGAAGACUUUCUCUUCUUUCUGACGGAAAAUGGCAACAACUGGCUCAACCUUCGACGCAACCACAUUUGACUAUUCCGACUACUAUAGUGAGAAUUAUGAAGAUGAAAUGUGCAACAAAACAAACGUCAUGCGGUUUGGGGCAAUCUUCACUCCGGUGUUCUUCUCUAUGGUGGUCAUCCUCAGUCUGUUUGGCAACAUCCUGGUCAUUGUGAUUCUGGUCAAGUAUGAGGAACUCAAAUCCCUCACCAACGCUUUCAUCCUGAACCUGGCUGUAUCGGAUCUCUUCUUCACCACAGGUCUGCCCUUCUGGGCCUACAGUCACAUGUAUGGAUGGACUUUAGGGGAAUAUGCGUGCAAACUAGUCAACUUUGUCUUCUACGUUGGUUUCUACAGCAGUGGUAUCCUCCUCAUCCUGAUGACUGCUCACCGUUAUGUCGCUGUCAUGAACCCUCUGUCUGGCAUUGUGUCCACAACAGGCUCCAAAAGUAUCAUAACGUGUGUGAUCAUUUGGGCUGUGAGUAUAUUUGUCUCCAGUCCAGCCUUCGUCUUCCCCAAAGUGGAGCAGAAUCACUGUGGAUAUCCUAAUUCUUACUGGCGCUUAUGGGGAACCUACCAGCAGAAUAUUCUCUUCAUAUUGAGCUCAGCGGUGUUCAUUUUUUGCUAUUCUCAGAUCAUGUGCAGGUUGCUGCGUCCUACUGUCCAAAGAAGGAGGAGCAAAACUUUAAAACUCAUUUUCACUCUCAUGGUUGUUUUCUUCGUGGGCUGGGCACCUUACAAUAUAGUUAUAUUUCUAAAGUCAUUGUACUCCUGGCCCGAACCGCCGGCUGACUCAAAGACUGUGGCUAAAAUGUGUGAAACAUCCGAUCCACUGGAUUACGCCCUUUACAUUAGCCGUCUCUUUGCCUUUUCACACUGCUGCCUCAACCCUGUGUUUUAUGUGUUUGUGGGGAUUAAAUUCAAAAACCACUUGAAGAAAAUGCUGAAGGGCUGGGGCCACAGCGAUACCGGCAUCCGCAAUAGACAUAGCCGACUCACAAUCACAUCGAUGACAAGUGGUGAAGAGUUCUCAGUGUAGUUGAUAGAGAAGUGAAACCAGAACUUCCAGGUUCUAUACCAGAGGAAAGAAAACCUAAUUCCCAUUGACAUUAUAAUGGCACAAAUAACAGAGGGGCCAGUGCCCCUGUAAUAUUAAUCCUGGACCCUGCUCUGGCCCCCUAACUGUGGCCAAUAUUGUAGUACAUUUUUCACCCCACAUUUAUCCCCAGAGAGGAGAAAUUGCAAUCAUUCAUAGCUGUGAUAAAACGUAUGUUAGCUCUGAAUGAGUAUUAUUGUUUAUUGUUAUAUAUGUAACGUUAGUCUUUUGGAGA